AGAGGGGAAAGAACCCACUGGUUGGGCGAAUGUUUACCGAGCAAGCAUUGAGUGGUGGUGGAGGGAAGUGACAGUCACACUGGAGCCUCGGUGUAUGAUAACAACACAGGUGAUCGGCUUCCAAGGUUGCAAUUUGACAGCGAAUGUUCACUCGACGGGGCCAUGGAGACGUCAAGAAAUCUACACAGAAAGUUUUGGACCCAAAGAAGGAUGUUCUGACGCGGCUGAAGCACCUGCGCUCUCUGUUGGAUAACAUUGACAAGAGUGAGCUGAAGCUAUUCUUCGAGAGCAAUGUUUCACAGAUUUAUUUUAUCUUCCAUGAAAAUUUCAUUACACUGGAAAGCAACUUAAAACAAAAAGGGAUCAAGUCUCAAAGGGAGGAGCUGGACUCCGUCCUCUUUAUUUUUGAAAAAAUCCUGCAAUUUCUGCCGGAGAAAAUUUACAACCGGUGGCAGUUUCACAGUAUAGGUUCUAUUCUGAAAAAGCUACUACACACUGGAAAUUCUUUCAAGAUCCGAUGUGACGGUAUCCGUCUCUUCCUGCUGUGGCUGCAAGCCUUGAGGGACAAUUGUGCUGAAGAGCAGUUCCUUAUCUAUGCCUGUCUGGUGCCAGGUUUCCCUGCAGUGCCCUCAUCCAGGGGGCCUCGCACCCUUGACACCAUCAUUUACAACCCUUACUCCAACCCACCCGACGCUAAGGUGGUGCCUGAAGAAAUCACCCCGCUUGUUCCAGCUGUGGCAGGCGAGAAGGUAGCAGAUGACCAGACUUGUUACAUCCUCGAAACUCUGCUCAAGUUUAUGGUUAUCCAGGCAUCCAGUUUAGAGUGGAGAAACAAAGAAAACCAGGAGACGGGCUUCAGGUUUCUCUUCAGCCUGUUCAAGAAGUACUACCUUCCACAUCUAUUCCCCUCCUUCACCAAAUUCACAAAUCUCUACAAGCCUUUGUUAGAGCUCCCUCAUCUUCGACCAAAACCCUUGUACGUGCCAGUGACAAGGAACAACGAGAGCACCUUCUGCACUAGAGACCAGUAUCUGGCUCCCCGUGUAGCUUUCAUCACCUGGCUGGUCACCUUUUUCCUCAAGAAGAAGUAUAUCAGCAGCACUGCAACAGCGCAGAAUACAAAGAAUGGCCCUGAAGUCCUUCCCAAACUCAUCCAGACUGUCACUGCAGGCGGUAGCAGCCAGGAAAAAGAAAAGGAGAAGACAUCCGAUGGGGACACAAACGGGCCCACGGGAGAGCCUGACAAGAGCCACUCCAACAGCAGCACACUGUCAAAUCGACGGUCCAGUGAUUCCAGUUUAUGUAGCAUUGAGGAGGAGCACCAGUAUGUCUAUGACAUGGUGCAUGCCAUCUUACUAUCUACCAGGGACAAUGUGAAUUUUGUCAACGAGGUCUUCCACCAGGCUUUCCUGUUACCUUCCUGCGAGGCAUCGGCAACAAGGAAGGUGAUCAAAGUGUACCGAACGUGGAUACUGCAGGAGAAGCCCAGCUUCAUGACAGAGCCAGACAAAACUGCACAAGAAGAUCAAGUGGAUGAUAGCACUGAACAGAUACUCAGCACAGAGAAUAAUAAUAUGCAAGCACAGAUACUUGAGCGUCACGGCCAUAAGCGAUCGUCAAGUUGGGGAAGGACCUACUCUUUCAGCAGCGCAAUCAGUCGAGGUUUUCUCACGGAGGAGAAGAACAGGGAUAUCAAGGCGGGCAUUCAACCCACACUACAAGUGUUUCUGACAAACUCUUCAAAUGUGUUCCUCCUUGAGCCGUGCCAUGAUGUACCCAAGCUCCUGGAGAAUCAGGUAGAGGUGUGCAAGUGUGUCCUGAGCAUCUACCGACAUAUGAUCAUGGAACACACAAUGGACACACAGACCUGGGAGCAGAUGUUGCAGGUCCUACUGAGGAUUACCGAAGCGGUGAUGAAGAGGCCAUCAGAAAACCAAAGAAAAGACAGUUUUGCUGAAAGUUUAGCAUCCAUCCUUUUUCGGACCAUCAUUGUGGCGUGGGUGCGAGCCAACCUGUGUGUGUACAUCUCUCGGGAGCUGUGGGAUGAGCUCCUCACAGUGCUGUCCUCUCUGACUUACUGGGAGGAGCUGGUGAUAGAAUGGGCCAGCAUCAUGGACUCCUUGACGGCUGUUCUGGCCCGUACCGUUUACGGCCUUGACAUGGCCAACCUGCCUCUGGAUAAACUCAGUGAACAGAAGGAGAAGAGGCAGCGAGCACGUGGAGUGAUUCAGGACUCUCAGAAAGCAGCUGCAGUGGCUCGUUCCUUUUCACUAAGUUGGAGGAACCAGGGAGACGUGGCUGGGACCGGAGUUCAGGAGCCAAUGAGGAUUCGCUCUGCCACCACCUCAGGUGCUCCUGGUGUGGAGAAGGCCCGCAACAUUGUGCGACAGAAAGCUUCUGCUAAACGAAGCCAGUCCAUCAGCAACUGUGUUCACCUAUGCGAGGCUUUGCCCACUGCUAAAAGCGUUCCUACGCUGCUCCACACUGUGAGCUCUUUCUUGCCCGGUAUCUCUUCUGGUAACUCUGCUUGCUCUCACAGACUUUCAGAUGUAGAGGAAUGUCAACUGUCGGAAUGUGGGGAAGAAUUAGGAGGAGGAGAGAGCCCGCUCCCACGUAGUAGCAGCACCUCAGACAUUACGCAACAACUUUCAGACACAUUACAAGCCCAGAAGAGAGAGCCCUCACCUACUUCCUGUGGUUCUGAUAGCGGAACAUCCGAGAGACGAGAGGGCAAUGAACUGCCAGUUAUCCUGAUCCGCCAUAGCAGCAGUCCAGCUGAGACAGAAAAUAUAGCUGAGGGGUACCAUCACUACACAAGGGCAAAGCUCAGAGAGAAAAGUGAAAGUAUUAGCAGCGAGACGUCAAAUGGCUACUUGAAUGAAGCCGAGGUCACCUGGCAGGUUUUUGACGAGGAAGCUGACAAUCAGUCCACCCAGUCAGCCCACAUGGACGUGACCUCUGACCCGCAGAGCCGGGGGAGUCUGCUGCUGAGUCACCAUGAGGCUCUAGCAGGUCCUGAGUGUACUCUGUCUCCCCACUCUUCACCCUCACCCCAACACCACAACCACUACCACUAUCCUCAGAACCCCCUUGCCUCCCCAGCCCUCGUGGUGCACACCGAGUGCCCGCAGGAUUGCCCCCUGGACGACAGCAUUCAUCAGUCUGUCUUACAUAUGCCACACCACUUGGACAGCAGCGAGUGUCUGACUGAUGAUGUCAGCAUAAUUGCGGGAGGGACCCUGACGGGCUGGCAUGCUGAUUCAGCCUUUGUCCUAUGGAGGAGAAUUUUGGGUAUCCUUGGAGAUGUCAACAACAUCAGAUGCCCCAAAAUUCAUGCCAAAGUGUUUUCACAUCUUUAUGAACUGUGGCAAAAACUUGCUAAGAUUCGAGAUAACCUUGGUAUCAGUGUGGACAACCAGUCUUCUCCUCCCCAACCUGUAUUCAUUCCUCCCCUUCGUAUGCUCGCCUCCUGGCUCUUCAGGGCCACCAUGCUACCAGCAGAAUACAAAGCCGGCAAACUGCAGGCCUAUAAAUUGAUCUGUGAGAUGAUGACCAGACACCAGGAUGUCCUCCCGAACGCUGACUUCCUGGUGCAUCUCUACUACGUCAUGCACAAAGGCUUCACAAGCAAUGAUCAGGAUACUUUAAACACCAUUAUCCGUUGCUGCUCGCCAAGAUUUUUCUUCUUGGGCCUGCCUGGCUUCACAAUGCUGGUCGGCGAUUUUAUCACUGCAGCUGCCCGCGUCCUCAGUUGUAACUCUUCCGAGGCUCCCAGGAUGGAAGCUCAAACAAUUCUUGGCUCAUUAGUGUGUUUCCCAAACCUAUACGUCCACAUUCCAGUCCUGCGGAGUGUAGCUGGCUCUGAUGACACUCAAAUCGGAAAUGAGGAUAUCAAGGAUUAUCUUGUCAAUAUCCUGCUUGAGGCUGCAACAAAAGAACACUGUGAAGAGGCCAGGUGUAUUGCUGUGUGCAGCCUAGGCUUGUGGGUUUGUGAGGAACUGAUGCAAACAAACAUCCAUGAUCAGGUGAAAGAUGCCAUCAAUGUCCUGGGAGUAACACUAAAGUUUGGCAACAAAGCUGUGGCUCAGGUGGCCUGUGAUGUUUUUCAGCUGCUCAUCUCUCAUUGGGAGCCUCUCCAAAAUGUCGAACCGACUCUACCUAAGAAAAUCAUUGAGAUAUUUGUGGCCACAACAGCCUUUUUGUUGCCGAGCGCUGAGCACUCAACAGUGGAAGCAGACAAAAAGUUGGUGGUGUCCCUACUGCUUUGUCUUUUGGACUGGUGUAUGGCUGUUCCACUGAGUCUGCUUUUGGAACCUAUCACCACGUCUUUGCUGGAGGACAACACGUCCCCCAAAGCCCCCCUACUGGACUACAUCUACAGGGUGCUGCACUGUUGUGUGUCAGGCUCUACCCUCCACACCCAACAGAGCCACUACCUCCUAAGCCUGGCAGACUUGUCCGCUGAUUAUGAUCUCAUGUUGGGACAGGUGAAGAGUUUUGAGCCGCCACCUUCCCAGACGACCACUACCGACUUCCGCAGCUUGCUCACCGUUGCAGAGGAAAAGCGGCGUCGGAGCAUGGAGCUGAUUCCCCUGACAGCACGGAUGGUCAUGACUCACCUGGUGAAUCAUUUGGGCCAUCAUCCAUUAAAAGGAGGCCCGGCCCUCCUGCAUAGCCUCGUGAGCGAAAAUCACGACAAUCCGUAUGUGGAGUCUUCCGAGCUGUCCUCCGAGGUCUUCAAAAGCCCCAAUCUUCAGCUCUUUGUUUUCAACGAUACCACACUAGUGUCCUACCUGCAGAUCCCCGCAGAGGCCCCCACUGUGGGGCAACCCCCCCACCCGUCCUCACAGGUGCGCGUCAUUGUCCGCGACAUUUCAGGGAAAUAUUCGUGGGAUGGGACAAUCCUGUUCUCAACCAACCAGGAAGACUGCGAGGAUAUCGGCGUUUUUAAGUCAGUCGAUCACACGCCGGCACCCACCGCUGCCGCAGCACAUAGCAAACCUUUGUCCAGUUCUCCAACAAGAGGACCGUCCAAGUAUAAUUUCUCUGUCUCUGAUUCCCACCCCGACUCCUGCGAUGUGGAAGAAGUAGAUUAUCUCGAUAAACUUUUAGAAGAGCUCAGCCAGAGCAGCCCGGAAUGCCUCCCCAAAUCGCAAGUCCAGUUAAAUCAGCCGGCCUCCUCACCCUUGGGCAUGAAUCUUGAACAAGAAAGUGCCAUCCUCAGUGCAAUUCUUCGUCAGACUCGGCAGGAGGAGGAGCAGGUCAGAAGGUGGGAUGCUGAUGUGAGCUUCCAGGCUUCCUGUCAGAGGGAAUCAUCCCACCAGGAGCCCAAGGCACCUUUUUAUUACUGUCGGCUACUGCUCAAUGACCUUGGCAUGAACUCCUGGGAGCGACGGAAAAGUUUUCAUUUGCUGAAGAAGAACUCCAAACUCUUAAGAGAACUAAAGAACUUGGAUUCCCGACAAUGUCGGGAGACCCACAAGAUCGCUGUGUUCUACAUUGGCGAAGGUCAAGAGGACAAGUGCUCCAUCAUGUCAAACGGUGCCGGCAGCCAAGCUUAUGAAGACUUUGUUUCUGGGCUCGGAUGGGAGGUGGAUCUGGCCACACAUUGCGGCUUUAUGGGCGGCCUCCAGAGGAAUGGCAGCACAGGACUAACAGCUCCCUACUAUGCUAACUCCACUGUAGAAGCCAUCUUCCAUGUGUCUACGCGUAUGCCAUCUGAUUCUGAUGACUGCCUCACCAAAAAGCUUCGUCACCUCGGAAAUGACGAGGUGCACAUAGUGUGGUCGGAGCACACCAGGGAUUAUCGGCGGGGCAUCAUUCCAACUGACUUUGGAGACGUGCUGAUUGUCAUUUACCCAAUGGAGAACCACAUGUAUUUCAUCCAAAUCAUGAAAAAACCACAGGUUCCCUUCUUUGGGCCUCUAUUUAAUGGCGCCAUCAUCAAUGGGAAGCUGCUGCCAAGCUUAGUGCGGGCCACUUGCAUCAAUGCCAGCAGAGCUGUCAAAUCCCGGCUGACUCUCUACCAGAGUUUCUAUGAGGAGAGGGCGCUCUACCUGGAAGCCAUUGUCCAGAAUCACAGAGAGGUCAUGACAUUUGAAGAUUUUGCCUCGCAGGUGUUCUCUCCCUCCCCCGGCUACCCAACGAGCGGGACAGCGUGCAGGCGUUGGCCGGGAAUGGUUUGGGACAUGGAAUACCCUUGGGCCAAACUGGACUGUUCCCUCUCCAGCAGCACAAACACUGAAGUCUCCGCCGCGACACCGACAGACCCUGUUGACCAGGUUUCCCCCACCAUGCCCCAGGCCGCCAGGAGCCGAGUCUCCGGAAGACUCCGCCGAUCAGCUAGCGCAAUAAGCAAAUCGUCCUGUUGAGCUGAAAUACAGCCUCGAUAUUUUAGUUUGUUUUGACUGUAAGAAACUAUCAUGUUUUUGUUGAUGUUUCUUUAACUCAUGGCACGUGAAUAUGUAACUGGAGGCCAAUGCGAUUUUUAAUUUGAGUGGCAAUCACUCACUUUGUUGUGACAUUUCCUCUUUAAGUAGAACAUUAGCCCUAAGCUGUUUCAGCCACUUUGUGUCUUUUUUCCUCCCCUCUCUUGUGUCCUCUAAUGCAUUUGAAGAAACCAAUCUUUCUAGGAAACGGGAGACUUCUUUUACUUGAGCUCGUUCAUGGUAACUCUUAGUUACCAAAUAUUGAUUUUCUUUUGAAAACCUUGAUCUGUCUUCCCCCCCCCCCCCCUCUCCAUCUUUUUUUUUUUUUUUGCAUUUGUUGGAGGGUGCUACUCAUGUGUAGUGAGACCCCAACACAAGCUUUGAAAGCCGCCCUUGCUGCAACACAAGUAGCAGCUGCACUUGCUCUUUUUAAAGCCAGAGUGGACAAUCGGUGACAUCUUUCUAACUUGAGUGGAACUGAAAAUUGUGGGAUUGUUUUUUUUUUUCCUCUCUUUUGAAAUCACUCUAAUGUUUCCUUUUUAAAUGGAUUCAGAUAGAUCGUGUCAUGAUUUGAUUUAUGCAACUCUGCUGGAAUGAGAAAAGACUGCGUUUGUAAUUGCAUUGUGAUGUUGUUAACAUGGACUCGUGUCCGGUAAUUGAAUAAGUUCCUGCUGUCUCUUUCCUCCUCGAUUUGUUUCCCUGUCCUGUGACAUCGACAUUCCAACAUUCAAGCCAUUGAUUUUUUUUUUUUCUUUGCACUUUUUUUGUCAACUAGCAUUGAAUGUUCUUGAAAGUAUAUUGCUUUAAAUUUUAUUUUUUCCUCUAUAUUUCUUAGAUGUAAAUAGAAUGUUAUUUGAGGAAUUAUUUCUGCUGUUGUCGUUUAGUGUAGGCAAAGCUCAACUCAAUGCACUGACGAGUGUGUGUUUGUGUGUGUGCGUAUGUGUGAGACAUGGAUUGUCUGUCCGCUCUGAUGCCGUCCCAAGGUCGUUUGAGACAAAACAUGGACGAUCUUCAACUCGUCAUCUUUACCAGAGUGUUUUCUCUCUCCCCUGCGACCCACAACAAAAACAACAGCAGAUGGAUUUGGAAUGGCGGGUCCUCUUAAUUAUAUGUGCCGCGUGUGCGUCUCUCUCUUGUCUUUACCGGCGAAUGGAAUCAAGUGGCCCCUCCUCGUUCCCAUGAUCCACGAGCUUGGGUUUGACGUGGCAUGCCUGAGGUGAACUCUCAGAGGCCUCUAAGCAACAGCCUGGCUGGCGCUCUCACCUCUCCAAGUUACUUGGGUUGCCAUGGCAGCCAGGUGUCCUCUGAGGACUCCACCCAGGCUGCAAGCUUGUCCCCAUCUGGUGCGUUUAUAUAUGCCUUACUUUUCCACUCCUCACAUAUUUCCAGCUAUGUUUGUUUGCUAAUGGAUGCAAACAUGCAGCUACUUAAAGCUGGUGAGAUGUUUGUGCUUUUUAUGUCUGGAAGAAAAUGAAUGUAUGAAUCCCUAGCGUCUAGGUUUUUUUUUACUCUCCCCUUUAAGAACCACUUGAAAUAAAUAUCUAAAGAUUGUAGCAUAGUGAUGUCUGUGUCAUUGCAGGUGGACCAAGAUAAAAAGUGAAGAAAAUAACGUGAUGUUUUUUUUCCCCCCCUGGUUUUAGCAUUUCUUAUGUACUUGGUGUCAAAUUUGAGGGCUAGAUCUCCAUCUUUAAUAUAAAUAAAUACCUGUAAUAUAUUCUUUGUAUAAGAACAAGAGUGGAAUUUAAAGGGAAAAAAAAGCUUGAAGAUUUCAUCUCUUGUCAACAUAUCAAACAGUUUUUAAAUCUGCUAUCUUUUAUUAGAGAUGUGAAAAUUGAAACAUUUCAUUAAAUGCAAUUUGAAAUUGUA